AUGGCCGUGUCGACUACCAGGCUUGGGUGUUUCAUACUCUCUAACUUAAUAUUUAUAGCUUAUGGGGAAACUUGGAAUACACAUGAUUUGAUGUCUUCACGUCCGUUUGUAACCCGGAGACUAUCCAACGGUCAAGAACGGUUGGACAUAGUCUGUCCUGAAGAUCACGUGAUGCUGACACCCUACAUAGCGUAUGGAGCAUCUAUUGGAAGACGGUCGUCUGUUUUACGUCUCGAGAGGGACUGUUUAGGCAGUAACAGUCAAUUAGCCAAGCAAUCUGAACAAUGCGUGAUGAACAACACGUGCAGUGUUUCUUUAAGGAAGGGACUGAGAAUGGAUGAGAUUCUUAGUGGACCAAACAAAAAAUGCCUCAAAAUGUUUCCAAAGUUUAUCACCAUUUCCUUAUCAAAAUGUGUUCCAAGAGGUAAUAUAUUUGAUAUAUGUUCGGAGUGGACAAUGAGAAUGAACACGACCGGUAUUAUCGGGAGACCUAUAGACAUUCCAAACAGCGACACGUCUGGGACCGUUUGUUAUAAAACAUUUUCAUUUCCUUCCAAUGUAAAGAUGACAAUGAAACUAGAAAAAAUUGACACAUAUACUAGUUAUCACGUGAUUAUAAAAUGGACAUCUCAGUACGGAAUGAACGAGACCAAGACACUGAGAAAUAAUCACGAAACAGUCACUGGAAAGGGAAACCAUUUUACUCUCGGAUUGGAAACUCAGGACCAAUUUGCAACGAAGUCAAACUUUUAUCUCAUCUAUAAUGUGAUGCAAUAUAACGAGAGUGAGACGACGGAGCAGAUUCCGAUCCCAGAACUACCGUCAGCAUCCAUUAGAAGCACGAUGAGGUGGAGAGGAAAUCAGAUGUCGUUCGCAUGUCCAAAAGGAUCACUGCUCUACUCUCCACAAGUGAUGGCGGGCGUGGGAAAGAGGUUAACUUGUGCGGGUAUCACUCCAAGACUUCUAAUGCAAAUGAAUAAUUGUUACUGGGAGCAAGAUUGUAACUUAAACUGGAAGGGACCAGCCAUGGUGACACUAUCGAACUCCCCUUCCUGUCAGGGCAAGAUGGCUGCCGUCAUAUCCACCAAAGGAUACAAAUGCAUCAGACGAGAUAAUGUUAUCAACAUGUGUAGCAGAUAUGAUUCAGAGAUAGUUAAAAAGUCUUACGGCGUCAUUCGAAGUCACAACAUAUAUCCAUGGGACUAUGGAGCGGACACAGUGGAUUGCAGAAAGGUCAUCAAGAUAGGACAGGGGAGACAACUCUUGCUGAAACUCGAAGCUGUCCAGAUUGAUGAACGUCGUGAUUCAUUUAAGAUCAUACAUAUCCUCGACAAAAAGAAGAGAUUGAUUGUUGAUGGAAACAUGAAACACUUUGACACUGUCUUAUCUGGCGGAAGAGCAGAGAUCUCUCUCACAGUCUCAAUUAGGUCAAAAACGGGCAAAGGAUUUCUCUUACAAUUUGAGAAAAUCGGAGAAAGGCCUAGAACUACUCGCGUUUAUCGCAGAACUGCGUUCAAGAAAAGUCGUAAGGGACGGAAAAGGCGUCGACGUCACAGACACAAAAAGCGGCACACAAACCGAAAGAAAAAGCCCAAAAUGGGACGGAGACGUAAAACAAGUGUAUCAGGAUGA